GUGAGAUUGAUACUACUACCGAGCAAAAAACAAAAGCACAAAACCAAAAUAAGAUCGGGUGAAAAUCCACAGUACAUGGAGAGUUUUGUUCUACAUAGAGUUAACCCAGAGGAUGUGAAUUCCAUGGGAGUGCGAUUGAGACUAUACGGCUGUGAAAGAAUGCGUAGAGAAAGACUCAUAGGAGAAGCUGUUGUAAGCUUCGCGAACAUCAAUUUAGAAUUAGAUAAUAACUUCUGGCUGAACCUCGAGCCAAGAUCGAACACAAUAUUAGGAGGCUGCACAGGUGACCUUUUGAGCUUAGCGAGGUCCGACAGUACCGGUUCAGCGCAUUCGAUGCAACAUGGCGGUGUGCCCGAACUACUUUUAGGUCUUUGUUAUAAUGCAACCACUGGUAGGCUCAGUGUUGAAGUCAUCAAGGGGUCCCAUUUCAGCUAUCUUUUGCGGAACUUGGCAGUGAAUCGACCUCCAGAUACUUACGUCAAACUUAAUUUAGUCAGCAGUACUGGACAAGAACUAGCCCAAGGAAAAACAACUGUCAGAAGAGGCCAACCUAACCCUCUUUUCAAAGAAACAUUCGUUUUCCAGGUGGCGUUGUUUCAACUAGCGGACGUAACACUAAUGGUGUCGGUAUACAACAGAAAAGGCGUGACUAAAAGAAAGGAAAUGGUAGGCUGGUUCAGCCUGGGCUUGAACUCCAGCGGAGCCGAAGAACUGGCACACUGGAUGGACAUGAAAGAGUAUCAACAGGAGCAGAUAUCAAGAUGGCACAUACUCGUUCAGUCAUAGCCAUUACACAUAUCUUUCAGAUUCAUUUUCAUUAAUGGAAUCUUAUAUUAUUUUUCUUGAAUUCCGCAAAUUUUCUCACUAAUAGUUCUAUACUUAAGUUCUACAGUUGGACCACAUACAAAUUUGAAUAACAAGUUUAUCGGCUGUUUCCCCAUCAAUCAGUUCAAAUCAAUGAUCAUCAUCAUCAUCAGAAUUCACAAAAUUCUGUACUUGGAAUUUCAUUGAUUUCCCGGUUGAUGAUAAAAACGUAAUCAUCUCAGCUGUGGCUUCCUUGAUAAAUCGAAAUAUUUAUGAUGAAAGUAAUCUCUACUUCUA